CUCCUCCCCUUCCCUUCCCUUCCCUAUUCGUCGACGCCUACACAGCGACAAUACACAAACGGAGUCACAACCAUAGCAGCUACCCUUCGAUCGCUAGCCACCAUCACCGUCGAUACCCAACUCAAAUUUUACCCGAAGGAAAAGUACCGGCGAGCUUAUCUGAGCUAGCCCUCGUGGCAAGUAGUGUAGACUGAAAACGAUUCCAACUCCGUGGGGAAAUUGCUUCAAGAAUGCAAAAUCUGCAUCGUAUUAUAUCCCGUUUUUCUUCCACUUCACUAGGCUCAAGCACGACUAAAAACAGAGUUUUGACAGAGAGAACCAACACUAAGUUGAGAAAAGAUGCAAUCAGCUUUAGGGGAUUCUCUGCAAAAUCUGGUGAAAAUGAUGGUAAAGAUGAAUGGGACAAGACUAUGGAGGGAUCAUUUGAUGGUAUGGCAUCGGGUGAUUUGGGAUGGGAUUCUGUGUCAUCUUGGUCAACUGGACUGACCAAGGAGCAUUUUGACGGUGAGGCCCCACCUAGCAGAGGGGACUCCUCACAUUCUUCAGUGAUAUCUGAAUUGCAAGAGAUUGAUGAUAAGUUGAGGGAACUGGACUCGGAGAAUCGCAAAAGUAAGGCUUUUGUGGAUGGAUGGGGUGAGAGGAUGCAGGAGACAAGUGUGUUGUUGAAACAAGUGAGAGAGCCUGGUGCAAGAGGGUCAUAUCUGAAGGACUCUGAGAAAGCUGAGAUGUAUCGCUUGCACAAGCAGAAUCCUGAGGUUUACACUGUUGAGAGGCUGGCAAAGGAUUUUAGGAUUAUGAGGCAAAGAGUGCAUGCCAUUCUUUGGUUAAAGGAGCUUGAGGAGGAAGAGGAGAAAAGGCUUGGGCAUCCUUUGGACGAUUCUGUGGAGCUCUUGCUCGAUACUUGUCCCGAAUUUUUUAAUUCUCACGACAGGGAAUUCCAUGUGGCUUCCCUUUCUUACAAACCUGACUUCAAAGUUAUGCCGGAGGGUUGGGAUGGUACAACCAAAGAUCUGGAUGAAGUCCAUUAUGAGAUUUCCCAGAAAGAGGAUGAAAUGCUUUAUCAAGAAUUUGUCCAGAGGAUGAACUUCAACAAAAAGAAAAUGGCUGGAGAGGUAAAAUGCCACAAGUACAGCCGGCGGCGCCCAUCAGAGGGGUGGAAUUUCACAGUAGAGAAACUGGGACCGCGAGGGAAGCGUGGAGGUGGUGGUGGCUGGAAGUUUGUCAGCUUGCCUGAUGGUUCCAGCCGACCUCUCAAUGAAAUGGAGAAAAUGUACGUGAAGCGAGAGACUCCCCGCCGCCGACGCAAGAUACUCCCCUGAUGAUGGUCUCUGUUUUCAAAUGGAUAUUAGAAUGAAGGCUUUUUGUAGCUGAGUAUCAGAUGUUUGGGGUUCUAAGGUAGUGUGUUCUUAACCUUCUCCUAAACUUUUACUUCCCCCUCCCCACCCACAUCCGAGCAACGGUCCUUUUUGUUUAGGAGUAUGUAUUUGUUACACUGGUAAAUCCUGUUUGGAGCUAAACUUUGAACAAAUUGGAAGUGCUGAGUGAGCAACGCUUCUUCCUUGCCUCUCAUCUUGAGGAAACUUGAAAUUCAAGUGAAUGUUAAUGCGGCUUUAAGCAAAUAAGAGAUUUUGUUGAUUGUA